AUGAGUCUCAGCCGAAUUUAUAAACGCACGCCGCUGGACGUAGUGGCGCCGACGCUUCUUCUCUUGGUUCGUUUCAUUUUGAAUCAGAGAAAAUUUGAGAUGGAAAUGAAGUAAAGACAAAGCAACAAAACUUAUGAAAACUUGGAAAUUCCUGUAGUUAAUUCUUCCCGACUCGAAAGACGAGAUAAGUUGAUUAGCAAGGUUGACACCGUUUUUGCAAUCGUUCAAAAAAGCUUUUUUCAAGGUUUCAAAUACCCUGAAAAUUUACUCCAUGAGAUUUUUUUUCGAAAACGUCGCUUCGGCGCAAUUUUUUUCAUAAAAAAAAUGUGAAUGACGGAUUCAAGUUUUCAUCAACCUACAAGGAGAGGAAAAUAUCAGCUGGAAGUUGAAUAACAGCUGAAAAGCGCGAAAUAAAUCAUGCGGUUCGAAGUUUUGAAGCCAUAGUUCCUAUUAAGAAUAAAUAAUUACAUCAACGAUUGAAGUACGACCCUUUCAAAGUUUUUUUUGAGUUUUAUUGUUUUUCUCAGUAGAAUCCGAAAAAAGAAAGUUGAAAGGAAAAAAAAUUAGUUUUCUCCAACAUUAAAGACAUUGUCGCAAUCAGAAGGAGCCAAAUCCCAAAACCUUGAAGAUCAACAUGUAAAAAAAAACGAAGAAAAAUACGAAAAGGACGGUGACUGAUCAAAGGAAGUUUGAUGGACAGGAUAAGAUCGAACAAUGAUGUUUGAUCAGAGGUAGAGCAAAAUAAGCUGUUUUGGAGUGAGUCCAAUUUUAUUUAUUGCUUACACAUUCCACGGCGACACCAAACCGAUAUAAUUUUUAAUGAGGACAGUUGGCUCGACUAAAUGAAUAAUUUGUCUUUUCAUGUGAUUGAGAGUCAGAUUUGGGAAUGUUAAACCUGCUUUUCAUAAGGGUGAUUGGAAAUUUAACUAGAGAAGUCGUUCCAGGACGGCGUCAUCGGAAUGGCGGCCAAUGGAGCGCUUUUGGUGGUGCUCUGCAAGGAAAGCAUGACGUCAUUUUCAGUCGUCUGCUGGGUUCGAGCCUUCGUCAACUUCGCCCUUCUGUUUCUCGUUUUCGUUGUCGAUAACACACCUGCCGCUCUCCUGUAGGCUUUUAUUUUCAUUUUUAAUCGUUUUCGGGAACAGAAAGAGAAGUGUUGUUCAUGAAUUGAAGAAAAAAUCAUUGUACGUGAGAAGAACCAAUUUUUAUAGUCAGAGAGACUUAAACUUGUUCAUUAAUAGCCCAUUCCGUGCCAGUUUUCCUUGUUUUUUUUUCCUGUAAAAAAGACCGUAUACCAAAUUAUAUCAAACUUGACCCUUUUUUCUCUUCACGGCCUUUGUUUUUUUGCUGAAUUAGAGCAGUUUUGUAGAGCAAAAGUUUGUAUUUACAGUAUAAUUUUUCAUAGAUGGUUUGACUAAUUUAACCAUAGAGCGAAUUGGAUUGGUAAAUUGCGGCUGUUAUUUCUCGAGCCGAUUUUAGGCUUGACAAUGCCCUUUCUAGCAAUCAAAAUAAUCUUUUUCUCGUUCUUUUUCUUUAAUCAACCCCGAUUAUUUCUGUUAUUUGUAAGUAUCUGACCGAAUGGCUCGAAGAAAAAUAAUUAUUCUUCUCUCAGAGGCUCCUCUCUGCUGCCAGAAUCUGUCGAAUCGGUGAUCUACAACGUGGUGUUGCUCGUCUACAUGAUCAACCAGGUCAUGUCGUUGUUCAUCGCCGUCAAUCGUUGUACCGCCGUUUUCUUUCCUCUGCACUACAACAGAAUCUUUCGCCUAAGUCUGACGGUGGUGAGUCUUUCAAUGGGAGCUUUUUUCGCACUGUUUUCGACUAACUGAGCCUCAACUGCGAAAAAAAAAAACAACAGUUUGAGCCGGAAGUUGUAUGGAGUUUUUUUUCUCUCCUAACUAUCUCCUUGUCGCUCACAAAAUUGCGUUAAUAAUGGGGUCAUUAUAAAAAUGAUCAAAGGCGUUUUAUAGGGUCUUAUUCAUUUUUAUGGCGUUUCUCGUGCUUUUUAUUCAGCGAAAGGUGCUUUUUCUAACUCGAAUUCUGGCGAAAGUUACAAAAAGGUAACGAAAAGAAGUUGGUCUAAAAAUAUCAAUGAUCGUAUCUAAAUUAAUAUAUGAAGUUAAGAGAUUUAUUUUCUUGCAAAUUUUCUAAAUGCUUUAUAUUUUCAGAUUUUCAUGGCCGUCAUCUAUUUAUACACUAUCGGAGCAGCUGUCUCCCGAUUUAUAGAAAGUGAGCCAUUCUCAGGCCGAAAAAAUGAAACAAAUUUUUUUUUCAGAAGAAAAAAGGAACCCGCCAUGUCGCCUUCUUUUCAGCGGCGAGGAAAUGACCUGGAUGGCCGUGCCACCUGAAUUGUGUUCAGAAGUACUUUAUUCCUUAUAGAUUUCGAAAACUGAGAUUUAAAAAUGCAUUUUCUAAUUUCGCCUCGAACUUCAACUUCAAAAGUAAUGAAUGUCUUCAAACUCUGCGGCUGGAAUGUGUUUGAGAGCGACUAGAAAGUUUGCUCUGAUAUCUUUAUAUGGCUCCGUGCGUAGGGUCCGCAAGCCAUUUCUUCAGAACGAUUCAAAAAAUAUGUUUUUCACAUUGUUCGAUAGAGGAGACUGUCCAUUUUCAUAAUCCGUUUAGUUUUUGAAAAAAGGUUCACUAAGAAAAAAGUUAUGGCCAAAAAACGAGCGCGCGCGGCGUACAACUGGAGGCAAAAUCUCACGGUUUACCCGCUGCCGCACGCUUUCUUUUUAAAUGUUUUUGCGCGUUUCUGGAUCGUUUUCAAAUCGGUUUUCUGUUCUGAGAGGUUGUCCGAACUGAGCCUCAUGUUUUGGUAUGAAUCUUUUGUACAAUCCUCAUAAGAAUUUUUGAUAAAAUAUCAAAAAACUACCUAGAAAAAAGGUCAGAAGGAAUUUUCAGCUUAUUUUUCUUUUUUCUAAUCAAAAAAAUUAUUAUCAUUCGAUUUGGAAAAAAGAAAAAAUGAAAAAUGAUGUUAUUUCGAAAUAAAACAGGAAAAAGUGCAAUUUGAAUCCGAAAAACGGCUCCUGCAACAUUUAAAAGGGCGCAUUGGUGUGUUUGACGCAAACACUGCUACGGACGCUUGCACGAAAUCUUCCGAAAUUUCAAAAAAAAAUUGCCAUUUUUUCGAGGUUUUCAAAACCGUUAUUUUUUUCGCGUCGAUUGAUUUUUUUCAUAAUUUUUUCAUUGAUAGAGUUUUGAACGCCUAAUAACAUAAUCAAAAAAAUAGACGCGAUCCUAUUCUCUAAUGCGUCAACGAGGCAGGCGAAAAAAAAGGAGGUUUUGGUAAAACUCAAAUAUAAUUUGAUUCGCUGUCCCAAUAAAUUAUUUUUCAUUUUUGAAUUUUUUUAUUUUUUUGGACACACUGUUAGUUUUCUAAAUCGAAAUAAAAAGUAUACCAUGUCGCUGAAAUUUUUUUCGCAUUUCAGCUUCAAAGUUUGGUGUCACUUUACAAGCUUUAAUAUUUUUUUCGCGUCGGUAGAUUUUUUUCAUUUUCACUUAAAAAAAUAAAGAAAGUGUUAAUGUAUAACAUACUAAAAAAAUUUAGAAGCGUUCCUCACUUGGUUUUCUGAAACGUGACGAUUUUUGUGAAACUUGUCAGUUUUUUUCGUGUUAAAUCUGACUUUUUUUCGCUUAUUUUUUUGAAAAAAAUACAUAGUUUUUAAAAAUAUUCAGUCUUGUAGAGCGUUGUCGAUUACAUAGAUUAACAGAAACAGUUCGUUUUUAAAGUGGGACUUUAGCUAGUAUAAACGCCUCAAAACCGUUUUUGCAACAAAAAAAUCGUCAUUUUGGUGGCGUGAAGGGGCGGGGCUUUGCGCCCCCUAUCCGUGCGUGAACCGUUUAGAGUCGGGUGUCGAGCCAUUCCGCAAGCGAUUGGAGAUGAUUAAAGGUGUGAAGCAUAGCUGUUACUGUCGUUCUUUACUAGCCUCGUGAUUUUUUUUUUUGCAAAGUUUAGUAUUUCUAACGAACUACAGUCAUAUGUGCUCUGCGCCUUUAAAAACUUUGAACUGCGAACUUGACGUUUUUUGUACGAUGCUUCCGUGAGAGAUUCAGUUUGAUAGCCGUAAAUAUGUAGAUUAACCAAAUAUAUGAUUUUUCCCUUUCGUUUUAGAUCAAUUAACAAUCAUUACGGAGAGAAAAAAACAGUUUUCAGGACUUUGGCAGCAUGUUGACCGUGGGAUUGACGUUCGGAUCUCUACUUCUUGUCGUAAAUUUCAUCACUUUUGCUAGAAUCAUCCAUUUUCAAUAUGUAAGCAGUACCGAAACCCUAUCGAUCCUGAAAAAAAAAAGGAUUUUUCAGGUUCAAAACGGGGAUCACCAGUCUUCAAACGAGAAAGUUCGAGCCAACAUUCUCCUGUGGUUUCAGGUGAGCAGCUAAAUUUUCAGCGCCAAAUUUAUCUUUUUCAGACGAUUUUGCAAGACUUGCUCUACACCACGGACUUUAUUUUCACUGCCAUUUUAGGGUAAUUUUUCAUUCAUUUGUUAAUUUUCGAAAGCAAAUUUCAGAUCAUUAAUAAAUGAAAGAUGGUGGGUUUUUCUCUCCUACACUUUCGUUUGGGAGAACGUCUUGACUUUGGAUGGGUGAGUUUUCAGGUGAAAAAAAAUGAAGAUCCCAUUUUCCAGGAUCAUCAUGAUGGUGUUCAGUGCACCUGCGAAACCGAUCCGAGGUCGGUUGCGGAGUUUUUUCAGCGGAAAACCCAAAAAGCCAUUCCAAAUGCAGACGAUCAGUGGGCGGUGGUUUGACGCCUGAAAAUUCGAGAGAAAUUUAAGAGAAACUGUUUUAAUUAUUAUGUAAAAAAGAGAAUAAAGAUAUGAUUUUCAAAUGCGGCUCAAUAGAAGAAGCUUGGUUUUAUUUAAAAAAAGAAUGACAAUUUGUCAUCAAGAAAAAAAAUCAGUUUUUGGCAAAUUAUCAGGUUUGUGCACCUGGGUAAAAAAAACUCAAGUUUUUUUUUUGAAAAGGUGAAAAGUAAAGAAAAAUAUCAAAUGGAAGGAGAUAACUUCAAACAUUUCGAACAUCUAAUAUAGAAAUUCUGACAUGGAGCGUCUAAAGCUCGCCAAAACUCUUUCUCUGUUCUCCACUGUUUCGUCGUUUUCUCGCAGCUAAAUAACGAGGAAAUAGUGUAACGUCAGAAAAAAAGUUGUGGCCAUCUUUAGGUGCUCCAUGUCAGAGAAGCUUCUCUUUGUCAGUGGAGCGAAUUGGCGUCGCGAAGGUCGGUUCUUUGAGGCUGAAUGCUCGGGAUAGUUGGUCUCUUUUAGCCUUUUUUUUUCCGAAAAUCUUGGGAAGGUUGUUUCUAAUCUCUUUUUGCAGAAAAAUCUUCAACAUAAAAACAUCUUAUAUAUUUUUACAAACAAGAAUUCAACUGCUUCCUCCAUAAUUUUCUAUGAAUUUGUGAUAGUUAGGUUUAUUAUUACACACUUUUAACUCCCCAUUCUUCCACCAUAACCUAUACGGCCAAGCCGCUCAUAAUAAUUCUAACAUCACUUCAACUCCAAAAAAGUUCCAAAUUCUAUGUUUUAUAAGAAGCAAAGUGCAUGGUUUCAACCUAACAGUUAGAUAAAAAUGAGUGGGGGAUUCGGGGCAUUCGGUUCUGAAACUGGUGCUUAUUUGAGAUAAAUGGGCGUACCAACGCAACUCGGCCCAACAUAAAAACCUCUGAAAAAUCGAAUUUGCAGUUUUUUUGGUAUCAUUUUGGAGCUGGUGUACUGUAAUCUCUCAUGUUUUUUUUUUGCAGAACUUUGAGUUUUUUUUUCAGUUUUAGGAAGCCUAUGAACAUCAGCGGCGUCUAUGAAAGAACUGCACUGGAUUUACUCGCGCCAGUGUUGAUUUUUGUAGUGAGUUUCACAUUACCUUAUCCAUUUGACUAAUUUUUCUUCUUCAAACUCAUCAAACUUAAAUUAGCUUCACUUUCUAUCUCGGACUUCAAUUUCAAGAAUUUCUAGACUACACAGAUAGUUUUUGAUGAAGAUGGACGAGAAAAGAAAUCCCGCAAAGUGUGAGAAAAUAUCUUUGUUUUUGAGCAAAACUGUCAACUUUCUUCGAAAUUUAUCUUUCAAAACUUUGAUUUUUAAGUUUUUAUUUGAAUCAUGGGAACCAUUAAAUUUUGAAAGUAUAGUUUUUUCAAAACGAAUUUCUUGACUUCAAAGGUGACAAACUUCAUCACCAGUUUCAGAAGGCCUGAAAGAUUUUAUUGUGUUUCCAUGUAGACUCUGAAGGUUUGAUCUGCCUUGACUGGAGUUUAUCUUUUGAAAAUUAGAAAAUGAUGAACGAAAUGUGAAAAAGUGUUUUAGGAUGGCCUCAUCGGAAUCGUAGCUAAUGGAGCUCUUUUGGUGGUGCUCUGCAAGGAAACCAUGACGUCAUUUUCGGUCGUCUGCUGGAUUCGAGCCUUCGUCAACCUUGUCAUCCUUCUUCUGGUUUUUGUCGUCGACAAUGCACCUGCCGCUCUUCUGUAG